UCAACAGUGGCAGAUCCAGAUAGGGGCCAGGUAACAGUGCGCUGGCCUAAGGGUGAAGCCGUAAGAAGUGGUGAUGCGAAUUAUGACGGGGAGAAAGUCAGGGCGAGCAAGAGAUGUGAAGGGGGUUGGUGGGAGGAGCGGGCUUAUGUUGGUGAGCGACAAGCCGGAUGUGCUGGCAGCGCUCAGAGCCCGGGCUUGUGCAAGGGGGACGCGGCCAGCGCUGUUGAUCGCACCUCGUUGGCCGCCGGACUGCCCGGCUGGCCUCGCAACGGCAUCUUGCCAGCGAUCCGACAUGGGCGAGACGGGUGGAUUGGCUGUGCGUGGGCGAGCCGGGCCGCGAUUCGCCGCUUCAUUUUCCAGGCUCGGCAUGGCGGCCAAGCUGCCUUUUCGACGCCUUUUCGACGCCUUUUCCUGGUGCAACACCAACACCAUCCCGCGCAUCGUGGAUCAAUCGGCGUCGUCCCGUCGCGGCCGCAUCCCCAUCUUUGCUUUUGCCAGCCCUCGUCUCACCACCUUGGCCGGUGACCUCAUGCAUCCGGCGCCCUGGAUUGGACGACGUCAGCACGGCUGAGCGCCGACUGCAUCCACGAGAAUUCCCUCAUCCGCCCCGUUCGUAAGGCUUUCUUAUCCCAAGCCCUACGCUAUCGCCCAAACGAUUCUGUCUGCAUGCGUCCUCGAAACCAUCAUGAUAUCACCCUGCACGUGAGCUUACCAGGGGCUUGAUACGUGGCCA